CGGGGCUGCCGUUGUCUGAGGUCUGAACCCGACACGGACGUCAUGAAGAGUUCGAUACUUUGACUUUUUGCUGUCGGAUUACAUCUACAACCAGCAGAAAACACUUUUCAAAUUGUUUCAUGGAACUUGAGACCCAGAAACCCUUACGGGGAAAAGCAGUGAAAAGGCAACACGGUGGGACCAUCUGCGGCUGGUUAAAGGAGGCCCUGCAAUGCCAGAAGACGCUAACAAGAACAACAUGGGAGUACCAGCAGCUCCAGAGAGGGUUCUGUCAGAGAAGACCAGGACCGCCGAGAGUCCCUCUGCUCCAGUGAUCUCAGUGAGCGUCCCCCUGGUUAAUGAGGUCCAGCUGUCUGCAGCCACCGGUGGGACAGAGCUGUCCUGCUACCGCUGCACGGUUCCUUUCGGCGUGGUGGUCCUCAUCGCGGGAAUUGUGGUCACAGCUGUGGCUUACAGCUUCAACUCUCAUGGAUCCACCAUCUCGUACUUUGGCCUAGUGCUCCUGUCAGCCGGACUGCUGCUCCUGGUGUCCAGCGCGGUUUGCUGGAAAGUGAGACUGGAGAGGAAGAAAGAGCAGCGGCGGGAGAGCCAAACAACUCUGGUCACACACCACAGGAGCAUUUUCACUUGAAUGUUUUAGUCUGAGUAUGGAAUGGCAUGGAUUUGGGGGAACAGCUGUGGGCAGAUGUUUCUGUGGAGUCACAUGUGGCCGACUGGCGGAGCGUGAACAGAAAACCUUCAGGGCUUUGACAGGAUUUUAUUUGUCAAACAGCCGCUGCGCAUCUGGAAAGCUGAGACUUCAGCCAGCAGGAAUCUAUCACAAUCAGGAUGAAGUACUCCGCAGCACAGGAACACUCCCAUUAACUCACUGCUCCAUGUGGCGGCUUUGAUAGUCAGGAUGGAUUUGUGGUUUGGACGCCCUGGAAAGAAGAAGGAAACUUGAAAAUCCCAGACUCUGAUUCAUGCCUCAUUUGCUUCUUCUUGCACAUAUCUGAUUAAAUGUCUUCAUCUCAGACCUGAUCAAUUCUCAGAGCUGAUCAAGUUGAUCGGCCCACUGUGGGACUCAACUGUGAAGUUUCACUGACACUUUGUUGCUGUUUAAAAGUGAUCAACAUCUUCUUUUCAGAAAGCUGCAUGAGGCAUGUCAUAUAAACACUAUGAUCAUCUGCAUACACAGAGAGUAUUUAACCAUCAUGUAAAGUCUUCAAGCACUUUGAUGCUUCCUCAUCAUUAUUUACCAUGUUAACUAAAACCUACUAACAACUUAAACUAAUAAUACAUCCAAAAUUUUGACAAGAUUUGCUUGUUGUGGCAAAUUUAUAGCAUCCAAAUUAAAGAAAAUUACACUUUAUUACCUCA